AUGGCAGAAUGCAUUAAAAAAUAUGGGAAAUCUUUUCUCCCUUAUAAUUCUCUGGUUCGAAAAUCAUAAAAUUUAAAAUCGGAUGCUUCGUUUGAUCCUGUUUAAUCUUGUGUUGUUGAAUCUAAAGUUCCAGACACACAAGGAGACGCAAUCUAAUUCAUUACAAGUGAUAUCCCAACUAUCUAAAAAAUGAUUCAAUCCCAAUAAAAUUCAAAGGUAGCCUCGAAAUUAUCUUAAGAUGGAGGAAUCGAAUUAUCGUAGGAUAGUCACAAAUAUUUAGAACUACUUAUAUCAAAUUCUCUUGAUAGCAAAUUGCUUUAAAGACCUCUUCUCUUAUCCCCAGCUUAACAGCAAUACUUGAAUUAACUUGGCACAUUAAUUAGCCAAUCGCCUAAUGGUUCAUUUUGUCCAUUCUUGAACAUAAAUUAAAAGGAAAAGCAGCUGUUGCAAUUAAACCUUGAAUAAUAACAAAAUAUAUCAAGUAUCUAUAACAACACAUGUCAAUCCAACUAAUUCUGCAAACAAUCAAACAUUUUAAAGCCUAAAGCAAUAAAAUAAGAUUUACAUUUCAAAAAGGAAGAAAUAAAAUUUCUGAAUUUAGAGGAAUCUUGUCAAAGUGAGGUUAUAAAAUAGGAAGAAAGCAGUUGGAAUGAACUCCCUUAACCACAUAAGAUGAAAAAACAUAGUAAAAAACUCAUGUCAAUUGAUAGUUCUGAAUCCUUCAAAGUAAUAAGGAAAAAAAAAGAAAAGAAAAUAAAUGAUACCAAAAACAUUACUAAGAAUUUUUCAAAAGCAAUAAUCUCAUAUAUCAUGAAUAAUCCAGAUUUACUUAAAUAAUUCUUCUCAUCUAAGUAGUAUGAAGACUUUCUGGUUUUGCUGAAAAAUAAAAAAAAUUAAAUGACGAAUAUAAAAUAGUUAAGAGAUCUAUGGAUUGAUGGGGGCAAGUCUUCCGAGUUUAACAAAGUCUUUCGAAUUAUAAGUUAAUACUUUCUAAAGAAUCAGUCAGUAGCUUAUGUUUAUAACUCUAGAAUAUCUAAUACUAUAUGGCAUCUUAAGUAUAGACAAAAUUUAUUGAGAGCUUUAAAAGAACCUGAGAAUUUUAGAUUCAUUAAGGAUUUAUGA